CAAGGAAUGAAUCUCUGCGUUCUCCCGCCCUUUAAGCAACCUUCGCCCCCGCCUUUUCCUCAUCGUCUCCAUUCCUCUCUCAAUCCUCCUCUGAUCUGAUCUCUGUCCACAAACUAACAAACGCUAGUUUUCGGAGAGAUCGAUAUUGGAUACGAUGAUGUCUCCUUUACUAUUAUCUCCUCUCUCAAGCGGAUCGUCGUCGUCGCGCUUUGUCCAUCUCUGUCUUCUCUUGUUGAUCUCCAGCGCCGCUAGCGGGUCCCACGCCUGCCGCGACACCCCUCUCGUCAAUGCCCAUAAUGCCCUGCUCAGCCGCGGCGGCGGCGGAGGCGGCUCUAAUAAUUACAACAUCACAGACAAGCACUACUGGGUCUCAAGGACGAGGACAGGGAUCCACGGAUAUGUGAUAGCGGGGAUUUGGCUGUUGUGUGGGGUGGGGUUUGGAAGUUACAUAAUGAUCAAGAAUUCAAGGAGCUUAGGGGUAGCGGCGAACCAAAGGAGCGUGCACAAAUCCAAAAAGCUCAUAGACACAAUCCUUGAUGUCGGUUCUGAGGCUCAAGAAAUCAUGCAAAGGACGAAGAACAUAUUGUUAACUAUCCAGACUGUCCUCAACCCGUACAAUUCGGAAGCUCUUCGUGUGCUGAAUGUCACAACACAUUCACUCAGAAGAGAAUCGGUGUCGGUCAAACAAUUCAUAGACUCAAGCAGACACUCCAGCAAAGAAGCAAUUGUAGCUCUAUAUGUGACAAAUCUUGUCGUCGUGAUUGCCAAUUUGGCAUUUUUGGUCGCCGCAUUAGGUGAGAUGCAUGGGCACAACACAUGAAUUUAGACACUCAAAUUAGGUGUAAAUUUGAAUAUUUGUUUUGAGCUAAGUAAUGGGGA